CUAUUUUCGCUUUGCUCAUGCGGUAUCAUGAACCAACGGACAAUCUCCACAAGCAUGAUCGAGCGGAUGAUCCUCACUCGCAAGAUUUGGUGGCAAUGCUGGCGCCCAACGCAAACGGAUUUGUGACAGUGACAAACGCGCAAGUUUGGAACAGAGACUCGCCUAGUCUCAUGUCAACAACGUCAACGUUACUACCGCCUCACGCAGAACUCCGUAUCGCUGUGGAGCAGCCGUUGAAUCGAGGUAGAUUAGCACAGGACCACGACCAUCUGCACGCUUCGCUGGUACAUGACUAUAUGCAAGCCUUGAAUUCCGAAAAGACUUUCUACGAUACAGAUGCUGACAUGGUCCCUCUGAUCGAGACACCAACCUCAACUACAAGUGAUGAAGGCAUGAUGACGGAGUCAACAACAGCACGAGAUCAAUCCGGCGCAAGAUUAUACCGCUUUCUAGUCUUCGGAAUGAAUCACGGACUGGCUUACCUCGAUCCAGCUAUGGUGGACUUUCCAGUCGACCUGAUCUAUUUGGACUUACGAAAAACCUUAGCCGAGUUUUUUUCAAUCUCCUUCGUCCACCAGCCUUCGGACUCCCUGACAGGCCAUAGGAUACGCAAUAGUGCAAACGACGAGUGGGACCUGAACUUCAUCUACGUGUCCAAUAGUGACGGAAAUCUUGUUGAGAUGGACAAAAAGUGUAGUGAAGUAGGGGUGAUUCUUGAGAACAAGGGCGGAGAGGAGGUGGAGCGAAACGAUGAUACUACUGGUACUGACGAAAAGAUAGUCAAGGCUACCACUGCAGCUCCUGGUGCUGUAGAAGUAGUAGCAGAGAAAGAGGAUAAAAAUAAUAAGAAUCCAAGCGAAGACGGCCACUUCUAUGACGAAUACUACAGUCGAAAGGCUGCAAAAACACGGAAAAAGAAGCGAGGAGAUCGCACAAAGGAACGCAACACGCGGCGCAGUGGUAAGAAUGCAGUAGCUGUAGAGGUAGAGCAACAAAGUGAUGCAUCAUUGGUUAGCGACAAUGUAGUUAAAAAAGAAGAAACUACACAAGCACAACCUAAAAGUACCACCAGUCCCACGACGACUUCAAAACGGCAGUUAUCUUGUACCUGGAACGGCGAAUUAAAACGCACGCAACUGGAAAAACUUCCACGUCGUGAACAACUUGUCAUCUCCGCCAAGUUACUUGGCAAGUUGUCGGAAAAAGACAUGCAGUGUCGAUUAUUCCGCAGGAUGCUCCGCAGAUGGGACUUGGAUCACCUACCAGGAUUUUAUCCUCCCUGUUUUUUCCUACCAGAGGAUCAGAAUGAGUUGUGGUCGUUUAGUAGUGAAGUGCGCAACGCUUGCUACAUCUGGAAGCCAGGCGCUAUGUGGGGAGGACAGGGGAUUGAGCUCACUCGAAAUCUGCACGAAUUGACGGAAAAGGCAAGGGGUUUUAUGGUGGUGAUGUAAUACAACUAAUAUUAUAUAUAAUCUGGUCUUUCUUUUUUCUAGUUCUUAGGUCGGCAGCUCCACCACAACUAUUAAUUCUAAAUCUUGUUAUCUGAGCGUGAGACAUUUUCUUUCUCGACACUCCAUCAGUAUUCUAGUACAAUCUUGUCCGCUCUAAUAAUUCCCAGUUUUCGCGUUUACACAAUACGCAAUGCUAUGGACUCGCAGCAUUACCGGAGGCGGACGCUAGCGAGCGCUUGUGCCGACAAGCAUGCGAGAGACGUCACAUUUAUGAUUGGGUACUAUCAUAAGAACAAAAAGAAAAAGCGCCUGAUACUGAUUCACUUCUUGAUGGUAUCACCGUCAAAAUGGACAUGAGAAUCUCGGCUGCAUCAUCUUUACCCUUCAUAUACAAGGCGCAUUAACCUUCGAUUGUACAGUAUGGAACUGGCAAAAGGGCUUCGGAUGUUGGAUUGCGGACUACACUGAAUUUCAUAGCGGCGCUUGCGCUCCUGACGGCAAAAGCCCGGGUUGGGUCGGUGGAAGAUUGGAUAGCGAGGAGAAAGCUCUUUAUGAAUACUAGUUCACCAGACGUACAAGUACAAAUGGUUUCAAUUGCUGACAUCCAUUCUAAUCAUGAUAAAGAUAUACUGAGAAAAGACGUCGAUCACUUUUUUAUCCCAUCUUCAUACUCCUGUGCAACUCUACGUCUCCGAUCCGGUCCUCGGUCGUGUGGGGAGCGUGCGCGCAACCCCAGGUGGCGAGAUUGAGCGCGUGGAUACAAUAGUAAAAACCGACAUUCGGAUACAAGGGUUCACCCAUCUAGACCCUUUGCGGGUGUAUUUGUCCCGACAUGGUUACUAUCGAAGUGGCACGCUCAAAAAGAAUUACACCACCAAUGAUUUGGAUUUGAGGAGUAGCAAGCUGAUGCAUGUGACGCAUCACAUUCCCAAGAUCCUGGCUGAUGACUUCGUUCCUGGUUGGAGUGGAGGCAGUUUGGAGCAGUGGCUAGAGCGCUUUGUUCGCAAAGAAAACGGGAUGGACCCGGAUACGGUGUGGGCCAAUAUCAAACGUUCAUUGGCUAUAUGGAUGCUAGGAGUACGUCACGAAAUGUGCGAGGAGCCACGAAAUGUGCGAGGAGCCACGAAAGUGGAGGAGUCAUCGGACUUGCGUGUGGAGGAAACGCCAUCAACUACACCUGUUGUUGAAAGUCCGGAUGAUGUACCACUGUGGGAACAGAUCACGUACAACAUCCCCUUAUCAUUUCAACUAUCCAGUAUUUAUCAAGUAAGACUUUCAAUUUUCAUUCACCAAGAAGACCAACUACUAGACCCUCCAACUACAUCGUUAAAAAACAAACAGAGGCGUUCCCUCCGACGCUUACGAAACCAAGGCUUGUGCAAGUCAGGGAUUCCACUUUGUGGCUGACAUGAUCGUUGAUUCGACCGGUCGUGCUUGGGUAAUGGAAGUACAUAUGACACUGGGGAUCAAGUCUCCUGGUCUAGGUGAUCCGGAGGCGGGAUACGAUGAAUUACUCUUAAGGCUCUUAGUGCUCAAAUACUCUUUAACCAUUUUUGCCCCAAUCCAUCUUCGUUCCUGAAUAUUUAUAGUCUUGGACUAUAAGUACAAAUAGUGUAAAAGUACAAGGUGAAUAUAGUCUUGUUAGGUACAAGGUUCCUGAAUAUACGGUCUUGUUACAAAUACAGUCUUGUUAAGUACAAGGUUCCCAAUCUGAUGAUACCACUCACCUGUGUGAGCAUAGUCUUCAUCAUGAAUGAGAACAACACCUUUCAUCUUCUAAUACCCACCCGAGAAACACGACAGGGUGUUUUCGGCGCGAUCUCUAUGAGUUUCGCUCGCUUCAUGGAUUUGCCGUUUAGAAUGCGUUUGGCGAGUUCGGUCCGAGCUUGGCAAGAAGACGAAUCUGAGCUGUCGUCACCCUCUCUAGUCGACAUGCUUGUGGAGGAUCGUAUGUUGUGCAGAUUGGGAAUGGAAAGUAUUUUGCCCAGAAUGUGGCGCGAUGUGGAUCUGCCAGCACCAGACAAGGGUCAGGAAACGAGUAGUAGCAGAACAAGCACAAGUAGUAGAAGUACAAGAAACUACUCUCCAGUAAGUCCACAACUUGCAGAUUGGUACGAUCGAUUUGACCAGAUAAACGAAAAACAAUGGUAUCGCUCGUUGUCGCAACGUGGAAAGCCCUGUCGUGAGAUCGAUUUCAACAAGGACCGGCACUGGCAGAGUAAACACAGUGAUUUUUUCUGAUCAAAACGGUCACGAUUAGAAGCCUUUUCAUCUUCUGACUCUCUUUGUAGCAGUAGUAGCAUCAAUAUUCGCUUGAAUUUUUCCGAGUUCCGACAAUGAAGAUCCAUCAUCAUCCUUCUUGAGUACUUAUUUUCGUUGAGAUCAAUGACAAUGGGCAUUGCAGAUCGUCUACAUGUUCUUGUAACACACACGAAAUCGGUGCCUAGGUUUUUGAUAUUUUGUUGAGGCGACCUCGCUACGGGGAGGUGAUGUGAAGCCGAUCGCAACCAAGCUCAAAGUCUGUAGGCAAACCGCUUCAUCGAGAU